GGGGUGUUUUUAUUUUUUUUUGGGUCGCAGCGUGACUUGUUUCGGGCCUUUAGCAGGCGCGGGAAAAAGAAAGAAAAAAUGACGGUCUUGCAUAAGGUCUGUUUCACUCAAUCUCGCCAUGGCUCAAGCACUGUCCGAUUCGCAUGUCCAUGACGACAAUAACAUGACCGUGUUUGUGCUCAUGGGCACGGCCGGUUGUGGCAAAUCCACGGUUGCAAAGGAAUUGCAAAAGUUACUCAACUGCGAAUUCAUGGAAGGAGACGACUUCCACCCUCCAGCCAACGUGAAAAAAAUGUCAGAAGGACAUCCCUUGACAGAUGAUGACCGCUGGCCGUGGCUUCGAUCGAUCCAGGAGCACCUUAUCGAAAGAGGCAAACAGGCAAAAGAGGAUCACUCACACCGUCAUGUUACUAUUGUUACUUGUUCCGCCUUGCGCAGAGUAUACCGUGACAUCCUUCGCCAGGUCCCAUCCAACCUUGGUACUGUGUGGUUUGUUUUCCUCAAAGGAUCUACCAAGCUGCUUACCGAACGUAUCGCUGCCCGCAGAGGCCAUUACAUGGCGGCCUCCAUGCUCCAGUCGCAGUUGGAUGUACUCGAAGAACCUAAUCCUGAACAAGAGCAGGUUAUUGUGGCCGAUAUCGCACCUCCACCUGAUCAAAUUGCCCAACAAAUACUGCAAGAAGGGAAAAAACAGCAUAUUCUUCCCUGAAAUGGCUAGUCACAUUCGCGUUGAAAGUUGUCUCCAAGUGGUGGAUGAACCCACCCUUCAUAUAUUGUAUCAUACCAUCCGUUAUAUAAAAACCAAGGUGACACUAAACGAUGGACCAUUCCAGUUUUAUGUGCCUUUGUUUAUUAUGGCAGUGAUAUUGGCCAUAAAAGAAAAAAAGACAGAAUGAUGAAUGAAUGCAUGCGUGC